AUGACAUCUGAAAUCAAAACUUGGGAAGCAUUAACCUAUCAAUGGAAAGUUUGGAAAUUCUUCGGUCUUGUACCUCCACAGGAAGGGUCCAUUUGGCUGAAUUGCAUGCAAUCGAAGAGUGUCUCUGAGUUUUGUGAAAAUGGCUACAUGGCUGUUACUGUCAUUGUUUCGAAUUUGAAAUUUUUAAAUUCAUAUUUUUCUCUUCACAACUUAUUGAAAGUGCGUCCAAUUCUCAAAGAAUUGGAUAAAAGAGCAAAAAGUCAAGCAGAAGAUCAAAUAUUGCUUAAGGGUAAAAAUAAUGCUAGAAAAUGUUUUAUGUUUUAUGUACGCAUUUUUAGUGUGACACAUUUUACAAGCAAUUUAAUUGUCUUCUUGGCAAAGGAACGUAGGCUUAUAUACCCAGCUUGGUUUCCUUGGAACUGGAAAGAUUCAUUUACAUAUUACGCCAUAUGUUAUGUAUAUCAAUUAUAUGCCAUAACAGCUUAUGCUGUCAUUGAAGCUAUAAACGUUACUUAUCCCUCGAUGCACAUGUGCAUAUUGUCAGCUCAUAUAGAAGCUUUGGCUACACGUAUUAAGAAUUUAGGUUCCAAAGAGGCUAUAUAUGACAAUAAUUCUAAGAAACAAGAAGAAAAGCUAUAUAAGGAACUUACAGAAUGUGUUAAAGUUCACGAAAUUAUAACCAAAAUUUUGGACAUCAUUCCAACAUCAAAUGUGAAAGCACAGACUUUCAUUAGUAAUAUGAUGACUGAAGUCAACACUUGGGAAGCACUUACUUAUCAAUGGAAGGUUUGGAAAAUUUUUGGUCUUGUGCCUCCGCAACAAGGAUCACCAUGGCGUUUGGUAUACAUAGUUGGCACCACUGCAUUUAAUAUAUCAGUAUAUUUACUAUUUCCUAUAACACUUAUAGUAAAUUGCUUUCAUUCAAAAAAUGUAGCCGAAUUCUGUGAGAAUUUCUACUUAACAAUUACCGUCAUACUGUGUACCUUGAAAUUUUUAAAUGUGGCCUUCUCACGUAAGAAUCUGUUAAAAGUGCGUUCCAUACUAGAAGAGUUGGACAAACGUGCAAAUACUGAAGCUGAGCGUGAAAUACUGCUGAAGGGGAAAAAUGAUGGCAAAAAAUGUUUUAUGUUCUAUGCACGUAUUUUUGGAAUGACGUUUUUAACAAGCAACUUAAUCGUUUACUUAGCAAAAGAACGUAGAUUUAUGUAUCCUGCUUGGUUUCCUUGGAAUUGGAGGGAUUCACGUAAAUAUUUUGCAAUAAGUUAUUUAUAUCAGUUGCAGGCUUUAGCAGGCCAAGCAAUAAGUGAAUUUGUAAAUGUUACUUAUCCUUCGAUACAUUUACGCCUAAUAUCAGCUCAUAUCGCUGCGUUGGCAAUACGUAUUGAAAAUUUGGGCUUAAAGGAAACUAAUACAAACGCUGCUGAUUUCAAUGAACGAGAUGAAAACUUAUAUAAACAACUCACUGAAUGUACUAAGGAUCAUGACAUUAUUAGAAAUUUAUUUCGAAUAACGGAGCGCACAAUAGCUGCCACUUGCAUAUUUCAAUUUAUGAGCACUGGAUUCGCUCAAUGCACUUUAGCCAUUUUUUUUCUAUACAAUGGCUUAAGCAGCGAUAUAAAAUUGAUAAAUAAUUUUUUCUUUUUUUUGGGAGUCACUUUCGAAACUUUUGAUUUGUGUUACUAUGGCUCUCAACUUCAAGAGGAAUAUAGAAAUUUGAAUAAAGCAAUAUAUUCUUGCAAUUGGAUGGAUCAAAACAAAAGAUUCAAACAUGCUUUGUUGAUUUUAUUACACAGAUCACAGACAUUUACUAACAUAAAUGCUUAUAUUGUACCAAUUACUCUACCAACAUUUUUAAAGGUUAUGAGAACAACAUAUACUGGAUUUACUUUUCUAUUCAAUAUAAAGUAG